GACUUCGAUACUAAUCCAUUGUCAUUAUACAUCGAGAUAUCUCGUGUCUCAAAGUCAUCGAUCUGCCGACGGCGAAGUUUACCUUGUCAAAACGAAAACCUUUCACAACACAGCCUAAAAAUGGGUCUUUUCGGGCGGUCGCAAGAGAAAAAUCCCAAAGAAAUGGUUAACGAAUGGGCGCACAAGCUCAAGAAAGAAGGUUAUCAGAUAGACAGACAGGUUAGAGCGAUUCAAAGAGAAGAGGACAAAGUGAAAAAGUCAUUGAAAGAUGCAGCCAAAAAGGGCGACAAGGAUGUCUGCAAAAUCUUGGCAAAGGAGGUUAUCCGGGCCAGGAAUGCUUGCAAUAAACUGCACACUUCCAAAGCACAUCUAAACUCCGUUACCUUGCAAAUGAAGAACCAGCUGGCAACGAUAAGAGUUGCUGGAUCUCUAUCAAAAUCAACAGAAGUCAUGCAGGCGAUGCAGGCACUCGUCAAAGUGCCAGAAGUUGCUGCAACCAUGAGAGAACUGUCCAAAGAGAUGAUGAAAGCAGGAAUUAUCGAGGAAAUGAUGGAUGAAACCCUGGAUUCAAUGGAGGAUUCGGAAGAAAUGGAAGAGGCAGCUGACGCAGAGGUUGACAAGAUUCUAUGGGAGGUAACUGCAGGACAGAUGGGAAGUGCUCCUGAUGUUGUAACUGAUACUCCAGGAGCAUCUACUUCUAAAGAUGAAGAGGUGGAGGAAGUGAACGACGACAAGGAGUUAGAAGAAAUGAAAAAUAGGUUACAAAGCCUUCGUAGUUAGGUCAUAAAUUGUAAAGAAUUUGUGAUUUCCGUUCUAAUUAAUUUCAUCACAAAGCGCAUCUUCACUAUUAUUUAAGCAUUAAACCGUUCAAACUGUGCAGUUAGAAUUUGCAAAUAUUUACACUUAAGUAUUAAAUGCAUAAAAUAAUACAAAUAUAGUUGGCAAUGCCAUUUAAAUUUUCUUCAACAAAAAUUAACAAAUGUAUUGUGCUUUUUGGUCGUUUUGAAUGAUAAUUUUAAAAGAUUUCCCAUAUACAAAAAUCUUGCAUGUAAACCUUAUUUACAGUACUUUUACAUACAUGAGUAGAAAUCUUAUAUUUGUGAAAAAAAAAUUUUUUAUAUUUUAUACUCUUUAUUUGAACAUUGAAUUAUGAAUCGACCACUAAGUCAAUGACAUAGCUUUUGUAUGUAUGUAUUUUGUACAUUACAGUAAUAUUGCUCUGCAGCAACUUGUUGAGUUAAACUCAAAAAUGUAAAUAUUGUAUGUAAACUGGCUUCUUGUAGCAAAUAAGAAUAAUAUAUAAUAAUUAUCUCAAAGAUUUAUUUAAAUUUUCAAUGAGUUUAUAUAUUAACAAAUGAAUAAAAUAGCAUUGAAAUUCAUAUUAAAUAUUACUUGAUCUAGUGACUUAAUAGUAUUCACUCAACUUGGUAAUUUAGAAGUAUUAAGAGGGUUGAUAUUUUUAAAAAAACUAUUGCCUUAUCAAAGUAGAUGGAUAAAUAAAAUUCUAAGAUUUUUCCAAAAAUUUAUUUCUUUUAUUCGAACAACAUUCUUUGAGUAUUUCACAUCAGGAUGUGAAAUACAAUUUAAUAACAAAGUUUUGGAGGUAAUAUAUUAACUUAUAAAGUAUAAUCAUGUUGAAAAUUUGAAAAAUUUAACUUAUUCACUUUAUUAUAAAGGACUUUGUUUCUUAAUUGUAAUAAUACAAUUGUAGUUGGAAAUUUUAUAUGAUUUUACAAAAUUAUAAAAUGAAUCAACUCCUUAAAUAGUUAAUAACCUCAUUUCAUUUACUUUUUUUUAAAUAAUAUCAAGUUAUGUACAGCCUAUUAACAUUAGUGCUUGACUUGUAGUCAGACUUUUAUGUAUUUACAGUAUCAUAAUAAAGUAAUUAAAAGCUUUACUAAUC